AUGGUCAAAGUGGAAUCUAGGCUAGUUAUGAAAAUGCAUGCAAUGUGCUGUUGUCCAUCCAUGGCUGCCACGGCCAGCCACUGCCAGGCCCUGCCCCACCGAGCCCAAAGCCUCGUCAAGAAACUUCACCAGAGACAACACCAACGCAUUUCUGGCAGCUCAGACUUGGGAGCUCGGUGCCGCUUGUCGAACAGCUCAUCUGCAACGAGCUUCCAACGCUUAGGACUCGCCUCCGCAGAAAUGUUGAAGUUGAACUUCAGGUUCCGUAAUUUUUGGUCCAAGACUGCAGGACGCACACCGACGACCACCCCUUCACCCCAGGCGAAACAGGAAUCGCCCUUUCUCACCCGACUCCCGCCUGAAAUCCGCGUCUUGAUCUACAAACUCGUUUUCGCCCGCGACACAAUCCACCUCUUGCACAACAAGGGCCGGAUCAGUCAUCUCCGAAUACCCCUGCGGAGCGGACCGGCGCCCCACGAGCGCGAGGGUGAUUACUACUAUAUCUACGCCCCAUUCUCGGUAGAAAGGCCGCACAUCUCCAGCCUGCUCCUGACAUGUCGCCAGAUCCACAAGGAGGCUGCGCCCCUCUUCUACUCCGCGCCUGUUUUCCGAGUCUCGCUGCAGGAGACGUGGAAUGUGUUCGCCAAGCUCAUCGGGCCCGAGAAUCUGGCGCACGUCAGAUCCCUCCGCGCGCCUGUGCAUCUCCAGCAGGCGCAGAAUUCAAGCCCCCCCGCGCUCGCGUCUGGGAUCAUCAGCAACAGCAACAACACAAGCAGCAGGGGUAGGGGUAGGGGUAGGGGUAGGGGUAGGAGGAGGGGGGUUGCCCAACCAAACGCGCCGGCCGCGUCGAUGCUGCGGGGCCCCCCGGGUAGUAGCUGUAGGGACGAGGAGAGGAAAGUCUACGACGAAUUUUACGACAUCCUGGCGACGCAAAUGCAUGGCCUCAGGGAUCUGAUGCUGGUGUUGGUGUCGCUGCCUCAGGGCCAGGUUCGGUCGUUGCAGGCGGAGUGGCAUGGCCCGCUCCGGCGGCUGAGGGGACUGAGCAAGUUUUCGCUUGAGAUACGGAAUGACGUCGAUGCCGAGGCUGAGGAUACGGCGGCGUUGGUUAUGUUUUUGAGGGAGACGUUCGCUUUUACGGUGCGUGGUUUUCAGUUAGGGUUUCAGUUGUCGUUCGUAGCCAUGUGGGUUCAUGGCUGA